GUCAGAAUAAGGGACUUGAUGUCUCUUGGUGAUUUGCUGUUUGUAGGGCUAUAUAAAGAAAAACACAUUUGUCUCUUUGAUUUAUAGCAAGGAGGACCCUUCUCCCACUGGUUCAAGAUGUACGCAAAGACCAUAGUGAUCAGUGUACUGGCGCUGCUGGUGCUUCAAUACGCCGUCAAGUUCUAUUUCAAGAUGGGUUACAGCAAACAUAUCUUCAACCACUACCCCGGCCCCUGCCACCAGGUGCAAGGAAUGGGUAUUGGCUCUGAAGACAUGCACUUGAUGGACAAUGGUAUCGUAUUCAUUUCAUCGGGGUUUAGGAUGAAAGCCAACUCAGCAGCCUUUGACAAGUUCUACUCCGAGAACAAGGGCAAGGGCACGAUCUAUCUGUUCGACAUGAACGACCCCAAGAAGAACGUCCAGGAGAUGAACCUGACCUCCACCAAGGAGUUCGACAAGGACAGGUUUCAGCCCCAUGGUAUCAGUGUGUGGGAGGACAAGAAAGCAGGUAAAUUGUACCUGUAUGCUACUAAUCACGAGCGAGAUGGAGAGGAGAGAAUAGAGAAAUUCCUGGUGUCUGUGGCCAAGCGUUCUCUUCAGCAUCUGAAAUCCUACUACGGAGAUCCAACUAUAAAACAACUGAACGACGUCAUUGCCACCGGCGACGACAGCUUCUACUACAGCAACUUCUUCUCGUCGUCCAGCUAUAUUGGGCGUAUGCUGGAGAUGAUGUCCUUCAUGGCUUGGACCCACGUAGGCUACUAUGAUGGCAAAGGAUAUCGCACUGUAGCAGAUGGAAUCAUCAUGGCCAACGGUAUACAGAUGUCCCGGGAUGGAAAAUACGUCUUUGUCGCUACCAGCAUGGGCCAUGAAAUAAAGAUAUACGAGAGAAGGAACGAUAAUUCCUUGAACUUGAAGCAGUCAUACGCCUUCCACACGUUUCCUGACAAUAUCAUGGAGGACCCAGUAUCCGGGGAUCUGUAUGUAGCCUUCCAUCCAAUCGGACACCUUAUGGCACAACACGUGACAGAUCCGUCUUUAGAAGCGCCGUCUCAGAUCCUACAGGUGAAACUAAAGCAAGGCACGGUGUCCGCAGUGACGGAACUAUUUGUUGAUGACGGACACCUGGUGUCAGGAUCCUCCGUUGCAGUUGUGUACAAAAAGAAGAUGCUGAUUGGCUCCUUGAUUAACAAACUUGUGUAUUGUGACGUAACUGUACCUCUGUAGAAUGUCUUGGGAAUCUCUACCUAAUAAAAUGUGUUAUCAGAUAUCUAUUAAUGAUAUGAGGCAUUUUGCAUGUGCGAUAGAGCCAACAUAGAGACGGUCAUAUCACAGGAGUGUAAUAACCAGACCCGUAUUACACACACUGCCGGGCCGAUAUGGCAUUUCAAUACAUUUUGAAUCGGCGAUAGAUAUCAGCCGGGUGGUAAGGAAUUAGGGUUACGUCCCUUAGUGUGUCGUCUGCUCGGCUAGCUUUCCCGUGACGAUGUCUUCCAAACAAGGUGGAAAUGUAUUGCAUUCACAUGCAAAUCAUACAUUUACAAUUUGAUGUUAUGAUAUAUGAUGAAAAGGUUAUUAUACGUCAGUUUUCAUAUCAUACCCUAUAUCAAACCUCAAGGCCAUCAGGCGGACAGGGGGUCUCGGCUUGAUAUGGGGUAUAAUAUAAAAACUGACAUGUAGUAACCUCUAAAUAUACCCACGAUUUUUCAAGGUGUAUCGGGCACGUCUAUACUGACACAUCGACCAACAAUAUAUGUGUAAUCGACAUUGAAGCGUCGUUCGAAUCUGUUGGUUCAGCGCCACACGGUGCAACGACAUUCAGCUUUGUAAGUUUUAUGUGUCAUUGUCGCCUCAUCAUUUCUUCAG